AAGAAUUAGUGGAAUUAAUGCCUGCACUCGAUUAAGUAUUAUUCUUGUAUUGGCGUACUGCCUAACUGACCAAUAUGGCAUUCCAGAGAGCAGAGGGCAUGUCCAUUAUCCAGGCCUUGGCUAUGACCGUGGCAGAGAUCCCUGUGUUCCUGUACACAACCUUUGGACAGAACACAUUCUCCCAGUUGAAGCUUUCCCCCGGCCUCCGCAAAGUCCUGUUUGCAACUGCUCUCGGCACAGUAGCCCUGGCUCUGGCAGCCCACCAGCUGAAAAGGCGAAAACAUAAGAAGAAGCAGAUAACAGCGGAGAGCAGAGGACUGAAACCAGGCGGGGUACCCACUGCUGUCUUACCUGUCAGACGCACCUCUUCUGUAAAGAAAGGACACCCCCGCAGAGUUCAGAGUCCAAGCAGCAAAAGUAAUGACACUCUCAGUGGUAUUUCUUCGAUUGAGCCAAGCAAGCAUUCAAGCAUGCACUCAAGUUCCACUCACAGCUUGGCUUCGGUAGUGGCAGUCAACUCCUCUAGUGCAAAUGCUCCAUCCCUGGAACCAUGGGGAUCCAGAGAGAUGGACGAACAAUUAGCCGCAGAUGACUCUAAUGCAGAAAACCUGUAUGUUCAAGGAAUGGAGCUGUUUGAAGAAGCUCUGCAUAAGUGGCAGCAAGCUCUGAACGUAGGCCAGCGAUGUAGCUCCAGCACCCCUACAGCUCUCGAAAGUGAACUUCAUGGAGGCAGCAUGUCUGAGGGCUUGCAGGAGGUUUCGCAGAGCAAAGAGUUGUCAGGCAGGUUAGAAGCCUUGUUGAGCCGUGCCUAUAAUCUGCAGGAAGAGUUUGGUCCCGACAUGCCCCAAGAUAACAUGUUGAUGGAUCUGGAAGGAGCAUUGAUGUUUCCUCAUCACCAAAUCUCUCUCCAAAUCUCACGAGACUACUUAAAAAUGGAAGCUUUUUCAGCCACCCUCCUCCCUGCAAGCAUGCUGUUUGACACUUUAGAACUGAAUGAGGGCCCCUUUAUCCCUCAAAAGCCUGCCGCAGCAUAUGAAGAGGCUUUGAAAUUGGUGAAAGCUGGAGAAGUGACUUGCAGGACAGUAAGAACAGAGCUGUUGGAUUGUUAUAAUGACCAGGACUUUCUGGCAAAAUUGCACUGUGUCCGUCACGCCUUCAAGCAAUUACUUCAGGAUGAAGGGAACCAGUUGUUCUUUGGUGAAGUUGGGAAACAGAUGGUGACAGGACUGAUUGUUAGAGCUGAGAAGAAUCCUAAGGGUUUCAUAGAGAACUAUGAAGAAAUGGUGCGGUAUGCACUGAAGGAAGAUACGUGGCCCACUACUCAGAGAGAACUAACAGGACGUGGGGUGGUCUGCAUGAAUUUCUUUGACAUAGCACUGGAUUUUAUAUUAAUGGAUGCCUUUGAGGACUUAGAAAAUCCGCCAUCCUCUGUAAUUGCCGUCUUGCGGAACCGCUGGCUGUCUGAUAGUUUCAAGGAAACUGCAUUGGCAACUGCAUGUUGGUCGGUUUUAAAAGCAAAACGAAGGCUUCUCAUGGUUCCAGAUGGCUUCAUAUCACACUUCUACUCCGUAUCGGAGCAUGUCAGCCCCAUAUUGGCAUAUGGAUUUCUUGGUCCAAAAGAGAACUUAACAGAAAUCUGUACUUUCUUUAAGCAUCAAAUUGUGCAGUAUUUAAAGGACAUGUUUGACUUGGAUAAAGUGAGGUACACUACAAUCCAGUCAUUGGCAGAGGACAUCCUCCAGCUCUCCCGCAGACGGAGUGAGAUCCUGCUGGGAUACCUGGGCGUGGACAGUCUACGGGCAAUGAAUGGAGACCUGCCGGCACCAAACAGACCAUCAGAGCUUCAACUCUGAUGACAGAGAUGCUGCUGGCUACUAGAAUGUAGAACAGGGAAUUUUGGAGAACCAAGGCUGCUUUGUUUGGACGGAUCAGUGGCUGUUAGUAUUAGAAAAAAAAGAACUAUCAUUGGCUAUGCGUAUGAGAAGUUUGAUCAAGGAGUAAACACCUAUUCCUAUUUUUCCCUCAUCCU